GGCAUUCUUCGACGUAAAGUAUCAGGGGAGCGGUAAUAGCCAGAGUUUGAACAACUUUCAACUCUGUUAUGUACACGCAAAUAGCUUUUUUUUUUGUGUGUUUGUUGUGAAGUUUCAAAAUGUGUAUUCUUCAGGAAAGAAAGUUUACUUUGAGUUAAUAUUACAGUUUUAUUAAACGGAUUAAGUUGUUGUUUUUCACAACGAAUUCUUGGAUUAACGAGCGUACGUGUGUAGGUCAGAUAAUUCACUUGUUGACUCAAUUGGAUAACUUUGAAAUACAAAAUUAAUGACUGUGAUAAAAAAAAAGGAAAGAUCAACACAUGAGCUCGAGUUAGAACCAUAUGAUUCGACUUAUUAAAACCGGAUGUCGGAUAUGAACACAUGUUUUACUUUCUUCAUCUGGUCAUGGUCUUGAGAUGUCAAGCUGACCUGAGUUUAGAACAGCUCGACCUUCGUUGUCGCUCUAGUCGGACGAGGUGCUAGAGCCCACCCCCCACCCCCCAAGCCUGGCAGUGGCGGCGAACUGAUGCCACCAUGGUCAUGGGGACCUUACGUGACCUGCAGCUGGCCCUCCAGGAGAAGAUUGAGGAGCUGCGACAACGGGACGAAUUGAUUGACGAGUUGGAGACAGAGCUGGACGAGAAGGAGAGCCUGAUUCAGAGGUUACAAAGGGAAUUGGACAAGUAUAGGUCAGUGCUUCCUUCAGCCGCUGCCAACAGUCCACUCUUUCAUCGUAAGGGUCUCCAUGCUGGCCUCGGAGUACCCAAUAACCCUGGGCUCAGGCCCCAAGCGUCCUUGGCUAAUGGCGGUUUGCCCAGAGCCGGAGCGUGCUCGGACCUGGCCGGCUCCAUCUUACGAGAGGAAAGGACUAAGCGCGUGGCGAUUUCAGCCGAGCCGACCACCUUCAACAGCCAGCAUUUAAUGAGUUACAGAAGCCAGGUGUACCCUAAAACAUACGCUCAGAAGGAACUUAUCAAACAAGCCAUACUGGACAAUGACUUCAUGAAAAACUUGGACAUCGGUCAAAUACGUGAGAUAGUCGACUGCAUGCACCCUGUGGAGAACCCCAAAGAUAGUAUCAUCAUUAAAGAAGGAGAUGUCGGAUCUUUGGUUUAUGUCAUGGAAGAGGGUAAAGUUGAAGUCACUAAAGAAGGGCAAUGGCUAACAUUGAUGGGUCCAGGGAAAGUCUUCGGAGAGUUAGCUAUAUUGUACAACUGUACCAGAACAGCCACAGUAAAAGCACUAACCAACUGCAGGCUCUGGGCUAUAGACAGACAGUGUUUUCAGAGUAUCAUGAUGAGAACUGGCUUAUUGCGCCAUACGGAACACAUGGACUUUCUCAGAAGUGUUCCAACCUUCAAAGGUCUUCCCGAAGAAACACUUAGCAAAAUUGCUGAUGUUCUAGAGGAGGCUCAUUACAACAACGGGGAGUACAUCAUACGCCAGGGCGCCAGGGGAGACACGUUUUACAUCAUUGCCAAAGGAAAGGUGAAAGUGACGAAAAGAAAUUCCAAGACGCAUGAAGAACAGGUGAUUCGUUUGUUACAGAAAGGUGAUUUCUUUGGUGAGAGAGCUCUUCAAGGUGAAGAUGUCAGAACAGCCAACAUUGUGUCAGCUGAUACCAACGGCGUGGAUUGUUUGGUUAUAGACAGAGAGUCCUAUCUGCAGUUAAUUAGCACAUUGGACAAUUUAAAACAAAUUUAUGAGGACGAAGAAGAUAAGGCUGGAGUUGAUUCAGAGUUUGCUAAACUUAAACUGAGUGAUCUGACAAUGAUUGCAACGCUAGGAGUUGGCGGAUUUGGUCGCGUAGAGUUGGUUCAAGUCAACAGUGAUACUAGCAAGGCGUACGCUCUAAAGAUCUUAAAGAAACAUCACAUCGUGGAGACACGACAACAGGAGCACAUCAUGAAUGAAAAGAAGAUCAUGAUAGAAGCUCGAUCAGACUUUAUUGUCAGACUGUACAAGACUUUUAAAGAUAGAAAGUUUCUUUAUAUGAUGCUAGAAGCCUGUCUUGGUGGUGAACUUUGGACUGUACUACGAGAUAAACAAUCUUUUGAUGACAACACAACUCGCUUCUACACAGCUUGUGUUGUGGAAGCAUUUGUUUAUCUGCACAGUCGGGGCAUUGUAUAUAGAGAUUUGAAACCUGAGAAUUUAUUGUUAGACUCCUCUGGCUAUAUCAAACUGGUGGACUUUGGGUUUGCUAAAAAAGUUGGACAUGGUAGAAAGACAUGGACAUUUUGUGGAACUCCAGAAUAUGUAGCACCAGAAAUAAUUCUCAAUAAAGGUCAUGACAUUUCAGCAGAUUAUUGGUCCCUUGGGAUCCUUAUGUUUGAACUUCUGACUGGCAGCCCACCAUUUGCUGGACCAGACCCAAUGAAGACUUACAAUUUAAUUUUGAAGGGUAUUGAUGCUGUGGACAUUCCAAGAAAAGUGAACAAAAAUGCUGCCAGCCUCAUUAAAAAGCUAUGCCGUGAUAAUCCCAUGGAAAGACUUGGCUAUGGCAAAGGAGGAAUUCGUGAAAUUCAAAAACAUAUGUGGUUUGACAGUUUUAACUGGGAUGGACUCAGAAACAGAACACUUAAAGCACCAAUAGUUCCUUCAGUGAAAUCUCCAACAGACACUUCUAACUUUGACGAUUACCCUGAAGAUGAAGAUAUACCACCUCCUGAUGACCUCUCUGGAUGGGAUAAAGAUUUUUGAUGUUGGCCCCAUCUGUUAGGGCUGUUAAUACAUUUCCUACAUAAUUGUAUGGUAUAUGUUUGAGACUGACUUACACUUUUCUUCAAUGACUUCAACUUUUGUUGUAAACUGUUUUUUUUGGUGAUGUGCUGGAGUUUAAAGAUUACAGAAAGAAUAUUCACUGCUGAUUUAUUGAUAAGACAAAAGAAGUUUCAUUCUGCAUGAAUUUUGUAUUUCUAGUUUGUAUGUUUGUGUAGCCACUGCCUAGGUUUGAGUUGCAAUGAAAACAAAGGAACUUAUUUCAUUUGUCAUGAUUCAAAAUGUUUUGUAGAAAUAAAUUUUUGAACUGUUUCACAGCCUAAGUUUUCUAUCAUAAAUAUUUUAGUAUGUUUCAAAUGAAUGAUCCUAAAAACAAAAUGUUUCACUACAAGCAUGCAAAAUAUAUUUUUUGUGAAAAAAAAUAUGUUAAUUUUAGUGUCACACUUUAUUAUAAGUUGACUUUAUGUUUAACAAACCAUAUAAGUUGAAAUUAAUGUUGUUGUUUUUCUUUUGAAACAGUAAAAUAGGUUAAGAUUUGCCAAGACUUAAAAUAAGUAUUUUAAUUGUUUUUUAUUUGAAAGCAAAGACUAUCUUUAAGCUAUAAGUUAUAAGUCAUGUUGUCUAAAUUUAGACAAUGUUACAUAAUAUCAAUUCACUUAUUUCCUAAAAGUUUGUUUAUAUUCUGUCAAAUUCAUCCCAAACCACAAGACUAGUUUUAAAAGGGACAUUAUAACACUUGUUCACAGAUGGCAUUUGUAAGGUUAAAAUUUGUUUCAUAUUAUUUCAUGCAUUUUUUUAUAUAUAUACUUAGCAAUAUCUUCUCAUUUAGUAUUUUUCUGUUUUAUUUCUGUUCUGUUUUCUAAAAGCACCUUUAACUUACAAAAUGUUUCAGACAACAUUACACAAAUUAAACUGUGAGGUUCAUUAAUAGUUUGAUCUAAUAGUUGCCUUAGCAUAAAUUUUUGUGUUGUUAUUUUGUUUGUAAAUUGCACACUUCCUACUAUAUACCAUGUUCUGGUAGGGUUUUUUUGUUUCUAUAAGUUUUAUGACAGUGAAUGAUGAAUGAGAUCCUUGUUGUAUGUACUUUGUGUCAACGCACCAUAAGCAACAUUCUUUUAUUAUGCACAAUAGUUGUGCCUUAACUAUCUAAUGGUUGCCACUAUUUUGUUUAGGCAAUAAUUUGGCUACAAUGUGAUGUUAUCGGAUACAAGGAAUUAUUUACUGUGUUAUACUAGGUGUGAUAUUAUCAUAACAUGUUAUUGUUCUUUGUAAAAAUAAUAAUAAAUAUAUAGGUUUAUACAUAUAUACAUAUAUAAAUAGAAUUUAAUUGCCCUAUUGUAAAACUUUUGAAAUGUUAAUUUUGCAAAUGUAGAAAUGUAUGUUUUAUGGUUUGUAUGAUCAUUUAGGAGCUAUAAUUAGGCUGGUCACUUUCUACAUUUUAAAGAUUUAUUUCUUACUAUUCUUAAAUUUUUUAUUUCUUUACUUUACCUAUUCUGCUUUCUGUAAUCAUAAAGGGUUCAUUAAAGUGGGUAAAAAUUGAAUUGAAUUGUAGAAUAAUUGUUAUUUGAUGUACCUUCAAGAACUUACUUUAGUUACUUUUAGGAAACAAAUUCACUCUGAUGCAAAUGAAAUAAAGUAUAAAUAUACUACAAUGGCUUGUUAGACAGCCUAAGAAGUUCACAUUCAUUAUAUCAUCAACUUAAUUAAUAAACUCUUUUUAUUUUGUUUCAUCUAAUACUUCUUUACAACCUAAAGUACAAGUUAUGUUUUUAAAAUGUCCUAUAGAAUUUAAGGAGAUUAUACAUUUAGGUUAUUUACGCUUGUGAUAUGUAGUGUCAGAAAUGGCCAAUUACUUUGGUUUGGUUUUGUAAAUGUAGGUACUUUUUAUUUGUGUGUCAUGAUAUAAAGAGAGGAUUACUACACAACAAAACAUCAGAAGUUUGGUCAAUUUUGUUUCUUUUAUUUGAAUUAUUCAUUUAUAUAAAAUGUAUGAUUAUUAUUGUUCAUGAUAUAUGUCUUAAGCAUACUCUGAAGGAUUAGCCUUUUUAUACAUAAUAUUACAUGAAAGUUAAAAAUGUUGAACUCUCAGAAUUCAUCAUGUAAACUGUCAACAUUAAGAUUUGUUGUCAAUACUGAAUUUCUUGAAUGUAAGUGUCAGAGGGGAUAACAGCACUAAUACUAAAGCGUAAAUUUGACUGUUAAACUUUGGUUAUCAAUCCUAAACUUAUUGACUAAAGUUCAAGAUAAAAACAGCUUGAACAGAAGUUGUUUAAAAAUUUUGGAUUAUAGGAGAAAUAAAUGUGUCUUCACUAUCAUUGCUCUCCUUGUUUUAGUAAAAAUAGCAGAUUGUAACCAAAUGACAAUGUUAUGAUAUGUAUUUUUGCUUAUCUUUUGUUUCAAAUUAUUUCCAAGUAUCAACAUGGCAAUGUUGAAUCUCAGUGUCAGUAUUAGGGCUGACUUAAUGUUCAAACAUUCCAGUUGCUCUCACAUAAAUGAUAUCUGAUUACAAAUUUGAAACAUUUCAAAUUUCUGAUGACAUAACUGAGGUUGUUCAGUUGUGUUGCAUAAACAAAAUGCAACUUUGCAAGAUAUAUUGCAAUUUAUUUCUUUUUUCGUGUUGGAAGUGAAAUCUAGAAGCUAAAAACCUGAAAACUUUUGUAUUGUGACUGCCUACACUACGGGUGUUGGAACUAGCUUUAAUGUUUCAUUGAAUGUACACUUUGCUGACACUGGCAGGGUAACUUCCUGCAUCUAAGCACAUUACUUGAGCUUCUCACUUGAAGUAAAACCAUUUCUAAUAAUUUAUUUUUUACUGUUACAUUUAACUUUUGUUUUCUUUCUAUUUUACCUUCACAGUUAUCUUAAAACACUAGGACAUAGAAAUAAACCAAUAUUUCUCACAUUUUAUUACAAUAACAUUCUAAACCAUUAGUAAUUUAAUAGAUGUCAGUUUAAUAAACCAAUACGUAAUUGAACUGUUGAAUAUGGUAGAUACAUGUGACUUAAGCUUGAAUAUUUUAUGAUAUCAAAAAGCUAAAUAAUUAGAACAUUAAGCAACCAAAAUUCAUGUUCAUUCUCAAUUCGUGUAUGUGUCUUUUUAUUCCCUUCUAUUCCGACACUAUGAAUAUCAGAUAUUUUGAGUACUUAGCUAGCUAUUUGUGUGUUUUUGUAAGAUUAUUGUAAAAGUAAACAACUGAGUGAUUUUUUAAGGGAAAUUAUGUUUAGUCUUAGAUUUAGUAUAAGGGUUAAUUCUAUAACAAUUCUUAAAGGUAAUUAAAGAUUGGAUGAGAAUUAUAAUAAGUUUCAAGGUCUCAUUACUAUUGCCAUAAACAAGUUUUUAUUUAUAACAGGUAAGUUCUAUCAUUUUCUGAUGAUUGAUAUUCUUUGGUGUGAUACAAACUUUAAGGACUUAUUAAUUAUGCACAAUAUUUGUUAAAGAAAAAAAACAAUUGUCCUUACAGUUAUUAUUAUCUCUUUAUGUUUUUGUUGAACCAAACAUUUGAUUCAAUUGACAAUCAGUCCCGCUGCAUCUUUACAUUAUAAACUACAUUUCUGUGAGUAUAUACCUAAUACUGAUAUUGUAAACUAUUUUAAAUAUGUAUUGUGCUGAUGAGAUUAAUAGCAUCAUAUGAGUUUUUCCUUGGUUUUUACUUUCCUUAAUUUAUAGAUAUUUGAUGAUUUCAAAUAUUUUUGAGGUAAUGUUAGUCAUAGAAUACUGUUUGUUUGUAAUAUAUGGGAAAAUGAUUAUAUUUUGAGUGAUUGGAGUUAUUUUUAUAUUAAGAAUCUAGUUCCAUGAAAUUGACAAUUAGUGAACUCAAUUUUUGUUUAUGUUACUGAAGUUUCACCUGUUCAAAUUUCAAGAUAAAAUUGCAUUUACUUGUAUCAUUCAAUUUACUUUUGCCUCCAUACGUGUAAUUUUUUCACAAGUUUUAUUUCUUCAUAUAAAUUUAAAAGGCUCUAUCUCAAAAUGAAAAAUGCAUUUGAUUGCACAAGGGCAAGCCAGUCAAAUCUGAAAAUACUUUUCACAUCGGAAUAACUUUUUUUUUCUUCUCUCCCUUACCUCUUUUUUACCAAAUUUCAAACUACAUGUAUUGUGCUCUCAUCAUUUUGCUAUAGAAAACAGUUGUAACCUUUAUAACUAAAUAAACAGAAGAGAUCUUCAAAAAGUGAUUAUCAAUAAAAGUUUAUUUUAUGUAACCACAGGCUUUAAUAAAAGUGUUUCAAAUUCAAAACAGAUUUUGGUUUUAGUGGGGAUUUUUGUGCUAGAUAAGUAUUCUUAUUUUUUUUAAUCAAUAACAAAUGUAAACAAUGUUAAAGGCCAUACUCCCCUUUGUGCUGAAACCUUAUUUUAAAGUGACCUACAUCUGGUUAAAUGGAGUCUUAUCUAAAUACUACUCUGAAGAUCAAUAAAAUAAUCUAAAAGCACAUAUUAUACCAAAAAUGUUAAUUGAUGUAUCAAUGUUUAAAUUGUCUGUUGAUAUUUGUUGAUUAGUUUUCUUGUACUAAUAACACCAACAAAAAGUUAGAGCUAUAGUUGGUCUAUUAAUGAGUGAAUUGAUAUAAUGUAAAGGUAAAGACAACAGCUAGUAAUAUUUGUUCAAAGAAAUAUUCUUUAGUGUGUACCAUAGUUGAUUCAAAAAUAUUUAGGCACGUCUGGAAAAGCUAAACUACCAUAACUGGCAUAUAAUGAUUUUCAUAAAUGUUGGAUUAAUGAAAAACUAAUUUUAAAAAAAGAACAUAUAAAGCACCAUGACCUCUGAUUCCCUUGGUUGUUGGCCUAUCAUACUAUCAUAUUGUUGAGUAGCCUAUCAUACUAUCAUUGUUCACUAGCCUAGCAUAGUAUCACUGUUGACUAGCCUUUCAUACUAUCAUUGUUGACUGGCCUAUCAUACUAUCAUUCUUAAAUGCACUGAUUUGAAAUAACACCUAAUUUGUAUAUUAUAAACAAGAAAUUCAAACUUUAAUGCAGUAUGUCAAAGAUAAAACAUAUCAAUGGAUGCUAGCAGUGGUUGUUCAAUGUCUCCUAUACAUGUUUAGGUACAUGCAUUACAUACUAAGUGCGGUACUAUACAGAACUAUUUCAUUUUAAUUUGGUGUAUUUUUUUUUCACUUUAAUACUGUAUUACUCAUUCUCAUUUUAAAAAAGAUAGAUUUGUAAAUUUAUAAAUUAUUUUGUAGAAAAUAAUUUUUAAAAAUUCGUAAGUUUCAGUAAAGAGACACCAAUUUUUGAAACUGAAAAUAAAUAUUUUAUUUAUAAACUGA